GGGUAUGGUUUUCGAUAAGGUAUGGACUUCCCGUAAGAGGAAUUACAACAAGCUGGAUAAAACCGGUAUAUUGCCGCAGAUCCCCACAAACCUCUCGUCGUUUCUGGAGAAGGAUUUGCAGAGGAAGGAGUCCGUGGAGUGGGUAAACAUGGUUUUAGGGAAGCUCUGGAAAGUGUAUCAGGAUGGGAUUGAGAGCUGGAUUAUCGGCUCACUCCAGCCUGUUAUCGAUGAUCUAAAGAAGCCAGAUUACGUGGAGAGGCUAGAAAUUAAGCAGUUCUCUCUUGGGGCGGAGCCACUUUCUGUUAGGAGUGUUGACCGCAGAACAUCUCGUCGUGUCAAUGACUUGCAGUACCAAAUAGGCCUCAGGUAUACUGGUGGUGCUCGCAUGCUUUUGAUGCUGUAUCUAAAAUUUGGCAUCAUUCCUGUUGUUGUACCUGUGGGUGUACGAAAUUUUGAUAUUGAUGGUGAACUUUGGGUUAAAUUGAGGUUAAUACCCACGGAACCUUGGGUGGGAGCUGUUUCUUGGGCUUUUGUUUCUCUUCCCAAGAUCAAGCUUGAUUUGUCUCCUUUUCGCUUGUUUAAUCUAAUGGCAAUUCCUGUUCUCUCGACGUUUUUGACAAAACUUCUAGCUGAGGACUUGCCUCGUCUCUUUGUCCGCCCAAAGAAGAUUGUUUUGGAUCUACAAAAGGGAAUGGCAGUUCGGCCUGUUACAAAGGAUUCAAAUGUCUCAAAUGAAUCUAAGUCUGGUGAAAUACACGGGAACCGAGAUUUCGCAGGAGAACUAUCUGUUACUAUUGUAAAUGCCAAGAAUCUCUCAUAUAUAAUCUACGGUAAAACUGACCCAUACAUUAUUCUUAGACUUGGAGAUCAAGUGAUACGCAGUAAAAGGAACAGUCAAACUACUGUUAUUGGACCUCCUGGUGAACCUAUUUGGAAUCAGGAUUUUCAUAUGUUAGUUGCAGAUCCAAGUCGACAAAAUCUGUACGUUGAAGUGAAGGAUUCCCUUGGAUUUACCGACGUGACAAUAGGUAGAGGAGAGGUUAAUCUCGGCUCAUUAAAAGAUACAGUACCUAAGGAUAAGGUUGUGAGCCUAGGAGGUUGGGGCUUAUUUAGUCAGCGGCCAGCUGGAGAAGUCUUACUGCGAUUGACAUAUAAAGAAUAUGUUGAUGAUGAAGAAGAUGAGAGGAGUGUGGUAAGAUCAGAUGAUGAUGAUGAUGAUCAGUUGUCCGGCUCUGAGCAAUUGGAGACUGUCUUUAAGAAGAACAUGGGAUAUGAGUCUUAUCAUGAAAUGGAUAAAGAGUCAAUUAUGGACGUUCUUGCUGCUUUAAUUGUUAGCGAGGAAUUCUUAGGUAUAGUAUCAUCAUCUGAAACUAGUGGUGAUAUUGGAAAUUAUGCAGAUAAUGCAAGAGACGAAGUACCAACAUCAAAAUCACAUAGUUCCAUUCCCAGACUUCAACAGCAAAUCCCUGAAAGUGGCAGAGAAGGAUUUAUAGGUUCAGCAUUGUUUUGGCUCGCCGUAGUUACAAGUAUCUCAGUCCUUGUGGCUUGGAACAUUGGUGCUUCAAGCUUAUUUAAUCCUUAAUUUUUGGCAUUGCUCCUACGAAUGAAAUGUUGGAGUCCGUCUGGCUGCAGAAUAAUUUCUGCAAGUACUGCUGAUUCUUUCAUAUGUUUCUAGUUGAGGCGUUGUAACUCUUGUCCGUGAAUAUAAUCAAGAUGGAGAUUCAUACCUAUACAAAAACACAACAUAUACUUGUGACUUAUCUAUAUGUUAUCAUUCUCGUCCAAAGAAGUGAAGAAAAAGUAAUGAAAAUUAGAUUCGGAUUACAAUGGCAUUGAGAAACAUUGCUAUGUAGGGAUAUUUUUAGCCUUUUGCUAAUAAUUGUAGGCUUUAAUAUGUUUUUAGUUCAUGCAAAUUUG